AUGAACGUCUUCCCCGAUCGACCCAGCUUAAUCACGCUCGAAGCGCGUCCACGCUCGCACGAUUCCGCCGUGAUCGCCAUCCUGCUGGAGGAGCUACGACUCCCAUAUGAACUACACCUCACAGACAGUCACGUCCCUCAAGUUCCUCAUCUAACGGACACCCAUUCCAACGGGGCACAAAUCGGUCUGAGCGACGUCGUCUCGAUCGCGUCGUACCUCGUCGCCCAGUACGACAAAGAACAGAGAGCCAUCUCCUACAGGAACGGGACCAAAGAAGCCGCGGAGAUCCAGGGCUGGGUGGGACUUUUGUCUGAGCGGUCCAAGACGCCGGCACAGGCACAGGCCCAACGGAAGGCACAGACACGACGCUCCUCGCCAUCGGACGAUGCACAAGCCCGGGAGAGUCGGGUGCAGGUAGUGCGGAAGAUGUUACACCUGUACCUCCUAAUGGAAGGACGGUUGCAGGAUCGGAAGAGCGGGGGGUAUUUGGUGGGGAGGAAAUGGUGA